UCCAACCUAACCUCGCGACCUCCGACGCCUCCGCCUCCGUUAUAGAGGAACCGUCGACGGAUUGCACGCCUCCGCCUCCGCGUCCUCCGAAUUCUCACCACCCCGAUUCCCAGUUGCCGACGAGCCCCCCUGCCUGGCUGCCUCCCCGAGAGAGAGGAGCGCGUGGGCAGCAGGCAUGGACAUGGAAACGACGACGCCCACCGACUCCCGGCUCCACCAUGCUGAUACUACCGACUCCUCGGCACGGCACCGCUCGGCGGCGGGACUCGGCGGCGGCCGACUCGGCUCAUUGGCCACUCGGGCCGCCGAGAGCCUCGCCCGCGGCCUCGUCACCUGCGUCUUCGCAACAGUGGGCACGGUCCUCGGGGCGAUCACGGGCGGCCUGAUCGGGCUGGCGACGGAGACGGGCGUGCUGCGCGGCACGGGCGUCGGCGGCAUCACGGGCGCGCUCGUGUCCAUGGAGGUCGUCGAGUCCUACCUCGACAUAUGGCGCUCCGGCGAGCCGGCCAUCUGGAGCGUCGUCUACGUGCUCGACGUGAUCUGGAGCCUGCUGACUGGCCGCCUCGUGCGCGAGAAGGUGGACCCCGCCGUGCUCAGCGCCGUCGAGAGCCAGAUGAGUGCAGUGGACGCACCGGUCGGGCAAGGCGACGGCGCCGACAUCUUCGGGGCGGGCGGCACCAGCGGCAUGCCGAGGGCCGCCAUCCACGCGCUCCCCGUCGUGAGCUUCGCCGAGCGCGGCAACGUCGACGCCGCCGGCGAGCUGAUCGCGUGCUCGGUUUGCCUACAGGAGUUCGAGGCCGGCGAGAGCGCGAGGAGCCUGCCGGUGUGCCGCCACACGUUCCACCUGCCGUGCAUCGACGGCUGGCUGCUCCGGCACGCCUCCUGCCCCUUGUGCCGCCGCGCGGUCUAGGCAGCCGUUACUCCCUGAGCCUCUGUAGCGAAUCCUCUGUAGCUUGUCAGAUGCGUCCAUAGGAGCUGACACCCGUUCCUGAACAUGAACAGCACUGAACCUCGCACCAUUUUUGUGAAACAAGGCAGCGUGAAUCCUCUGUAGUUCGUCAGAUGAUCAGAUGGGCAUCUUGUAUGUAGCUUUGUUUUUUUUUCAUUGGUUAACAUGUGCAGAACCUGA